AUGUACGUCCAAAUCAUCUUUCUUACAAGAAUUGUAGAUGCAAGCGGUCAAUUGCAAUACAUACCUUUCCCGACCUGUAACGAGACAGGACGUCCCUUGGAACUCUUCUUCGGUGUUGAAAAAGACAUCAACUGUACUCUUGAUUACAUCUCCGACCCCCUAUACCACCUCCUCGAAUUCUACAUCCACUCCGACGCACCAAUGACCUGCCGCAUCCCCUCUGCACCCCUUCCCCCCUCAGUCCUCGAACACGAAUACCGCAUCGCCGACACCGCAACACAAGAAGGAGCCCUAGGCACCCAAUCCUCCCUCUACACCCCCCUCAUCAUCGCCCUUUCCGGUACCCUCCAACGCUCACACCUCCACAUCGGCAACUCGCUCAAUCUCCUCGUACACGCGGCCCCCAAACACGUCGCUCCCGGCACCGUUGAUGCUGCUAUCGCAUACAGCGUGUCCAGCCACGUCCGCAACGAAAAAAUCACCAUCGGCGAUUCUCUUGUCCUACAGUUCUCAGUGAGAUGGUACCCAUCUACCACUCUACCCCCUGGUUGGACUGGAUACGGAGGUCAUGUAUAUAAAAGUACGUUUUUGUAUUGCAUUCUGAGCGCGGGGGCGAGUGCGGCGAUUUGUGUGGCUUAUUUCCGGGGCGUCGAGCUGCCUAGGAGGCUGAGGAGAUACGCUAGAGAUAAGUUGGGUGGAGGAGUUGGUAGGUUGAAUGGCGGCGGCGGCGGUGGUUAUGGCUUACCGGUUUCGAAUGGUGGUGGUGGUGGUGGUGGUGGGGCGGCUGUUAGGGGGUAUGGCGGGUAUGGAGGGUAUGGAUAUGGUGUUGGGACCGGGAAAAAGGAUUGA